AUGGAUUCUCCUUCUUCAGAUGAAGGCACUGAACUAACAUGGCUGAAUGUCGCCUUGGCUUUUGGAUUCAUCGCCUUUAACGUCAUAUUCUCAUAUGUCUUCGACUUGGGAGUAGGAGUAUCAUUACUCGUCGCCGCGACAAGAUGUGUCGUCCAGUUAGCAAUUGUGGGCACGCUAUUACAGAAGGUCUUUGAGACUGACAAUCCUUGGGCUGUAGCAGGAAUCGCUUUCUUGCUGAAUCUCAUGGGAACUUUUGAGAUAGUCGUUAACAAGUCGAAGAAACGGCACCAGAACAUGUUCCCUUCGGUGUUGUUCAGCUUGCUUGCUUCUACUAUUCCAAUAUCUAUCAUCGGCGUAAGGUUUGCGAUGUCAGUCACGAAAUUCUGGGAACCGGCACAAUAUAUUCCGGUCGUGGGUAUGCUUUGUGGAAGCACGAUAAACGGUGUGGUUGUUUCGAUAACUUAUAUUCUCAAAGAACUGCAGGAAAAUAGAGAUCGGGUAGAAAUGUACCUUGCAUUCGGAGCUUCUCGUUCUGAGGCUUGUAAACCCAUUCUUGUGGAUGCGUUGCGAAUAGCCCUUACACCAACGAUAAACCAAAUGAGCGUCCUCGGUAUCAUAUCUAUCCCAGGUAUGAUGACCGGAGCCAUCCUCGGUGGAUCCUCUGUCGAACGAGCAGCAAAACUUCAAAUGAUAAUCAUGUUCUUCCUUUCCGCCUCAACUGCCCUCGCGUCAAUUUGCUCCGCAGGAUACACCAUCUCUGUUGUGGUCGAUCGAGAGCAUCGCAUACGCCAAGAUAGAAUUUAUUCAAAAUCAUUGUACAACUUUUCGUUUUCGUUGACAAGCUGGGGAUUGUCGCUAUAUAAGGCACUAGUAGGAGGCUUUGCCGCAAAAGACAAUGCUGUUCGUGGGGCAAGAGAAGAAAGCGGAGGAUUGCUGGAGAGAGGCUUGUCAUACGAAGAUAGCCCCCCUCUGAAUUGA